UAGCUAACACGGAUCUUAAAUGUGGGACGUAACAGUGUUCAGGUCGCCACUAAACAUGGGCUGCAUGUCUUCUAAGAUAUUCCCUUCAGACUCCUCUGAUGACAAAAAGCCACGGGAUAAGAAUCCUUCAGUAUUAGUUGGAGAUGUAACUACUAAACAUGAGAAGAAAGAAGAACGGGAAAUGAAAAUAAAAGAAAAACAGUUUAACCGUAAUACCAAAGCAGAGGAGAUAUCUGGUAAAAUCAUGGAAGAGAAAGAACGCUUAUCAUUGGGUGCAAGAUCUCGAGGGACCUCUCAGGCAACUUCCCGGGCAGGAUCUCCUACGCCAACCUCUCAUAAACAAGUACAUUUCCGGCCUGAUGAAGUGAUGAGUAGUUCUACUGACAGUUGUUAUAGGUUUAUUCUCGUGAGUAAACCUGUUAAAUCUUCAUUGAAAAAUCAAAAUGAAAGCAAUACCCAGAUAAUGGUUGAGAACAACAGCGAACAUAAAGGACCGCAAGAAAAUAAUUCCUCUAUUCGACAAGAUGAUGUAGGUAAAAGAAAUGGAGCACAAGAUGUGGAUAAAAGCGAAAAUAAUAUGGACGGAAAUACUGAAGUGAAGCAUCAGAAAGGACAAAGAAAUAAACUAUGCACAAUUGAGGAGAGAACAAAUAGCAGAUGCAGCACAAAAUCUGAGGAUAAAGACAAGCUUAAACCUGAUGAUAUCAAAAAAGGGUAAAAGACAAAGUUAAACUUGAGGAUAUCAAAAGAGUUUUGAAAACAAGUUAAAACUCAUAUGAUGCUUAAAUCGUACAAUGUCAGCUGUUGUUUCGGUGACAGAUUUGAUACAUAACAGUAAAUCAUGAGGAUGUCCAGAAAGACUUACAGACGAGUUUCAACCAAAGGAGGCCACUAAAGAUUUAAAAUUGAGUUAAAAUCUGACAAAGUAAAAACAUUUCUUGGCGUUUCUGAAGCACAGUUCAGGAAAUUCGAAAGAAAUGUUCUUUUUUUUUGUUAUAAAGUAAAUUUAACAGACAUCUGU